AGGCGUAGGUGCCCGACGUGUGCCCAAUUAACAAUCAAACCCGGAGGUCCGUCGGCUCAGCAAACAACUGGACGGCCUUCCUCAGACUGGGAGCUGGCGCACGAGAACAAGCCACGUUCGCGAAGAAGGCCAUGGAGUUCCAGAUGUGGACGGAUUACAUGGGGCUGUCGGAGACGCUCAAAAAGAUCGUCGGGCAGAGAGGCGACACCGAGGGCCCGCUGCCGGUGCCGGCCCCGGCCCCGCAGCCCGGGGACCCGGUGCGCCGCGCAAAGAGGAUGACGGACGCGUGCGAGCGAGCGCUGCACAAGACCGCCAAGCGCAUGUUCUGCAGCUUCUGCAAACAUAACGGGGAGACGGAGACGGUCUAUGCGUCCCACUGGCUGAAGAGCCCGUCAGGAGAGGUGCUGUGCCCGUUCCUGCGGCAGUACGUGUGCCCCCUGUGCGGAGCCACGGGCGCCGCGGCGCACACCAAGCGCUUCUGCCCGCAGGUGGACAGCGCCUACAGCUCCGUGUACACGAAGGCAGCCCGCUGAGCCCGCAGCUGUCAGCGGGCGGGACGCGGCCCCCGAGGAAAAAAAGUUGCGCGUGAUUUGAGUUGUUUUUAUUCCAUUCGAUCUUGCUUUUAUGUGUGUUUUUUAAGUUUGUGUUUUAUUUGCAUGUUUUUGCACGUUUAUUAUUAAGUUUCCGUUUGUUUGCCACUGCGUUUACUGACGCCCGUUUGGGGCGGGUACAUAGACAACUACUGUAUGAAUAGUGAAUUAGUAUUUUUAACCCCGGGCCAUCUGAUGCCCACAUCACACGUCCUGUCAUGUAUUCAUAACCUUCUUCACGGAACAUUUAAAAAGACUCAUUACUUCACCACAGUAUGAAUGUAACCAAGCAUUUUUAAAUUUUAAAAUAAGAGUGACUUGUUCUUGUUCUGAA